UCUUCGGGCCCUGUCGCAGCCCCCCCUUCCUAUUCUUAUUUUGGUUAAUUCGUUUUCUUUCUUUGCGGGGGGGGUUGCUAAAACUCAGCUCCUGCCUAGCCUAUUUGUCUUUUGUUUCUCUCCCGAGAGCAUCUUCCCUGCUUUUCCUUAAUUUGGGGCAGUCUCCGUCCGUCCUUUCCCUUCUGCACCCCCCUGCACCCUCUUUCCCUGCAUUUUCAUGGGCAAAAGCCACCCCCGUGUAGGGGUAGGGUCAGAAAUCAACGAGUCUGCAUCUAUUAGGGACUGCGUGAUCCUCUCUCCUUAAUGCCCCCCCCAAGGAUGGCAUCUGUCUUCUUUCCUUCUCCGUCCACAUGUUUCUCUUGAGCAGGACUUGCUUCUGCUGCUUGGAGCUGUUCAAGGUGGGGGGGUCUCUCUAGGCAGGUGGUCCCCGUGUUCCCCUUUUCCUCUUUGCGACACCUGACUUUUUUGGAGAGACGGAUCUGGGCACCUUUUUCCCUAACUGAAGGGGGGGGGAAAUGUCUGCAUAGCAGCUACUGGUGGUAACAUAGUCCUUUAUGUAUUAUUUUCUUUUUUCUCCCUGUUGCGGUGGCACUGCGCACAUCCUCCUCCUCCUCAGCCCCAUGCGACUCCUGAUGCCUUGGGCUGUGAGGUCAUCCACUGAGAGGGUGGAUCUGUUGCUGUGGUCGUGUUUGACAGAUGCGCCGCAAAAUUCCUCAGGGGUUCCACGAAGAUGGUUGUUCCUGGGAGCACCACUGUAAUUCAGCCAGACCACAAUCUUGGAACUGAACUGAGCCGAAGCUCAGCAGAGAACUCGGUGAUGGGUCCUGAUGCAGAACCAAUGGGUGAUCAGGUGGGCCCUGAGCUGGAAGAAGUGAGGAAAUUGCAGGAACUUGUGAGGAGACUUGAGCUCCAGAAUCAGCAGUUGAGAACUAGAAGCCUUCGAAGUGUGCCAGAGGCAAAAAUGCUGAGCCAAGCUGAUGGUGGCGUGGAUAAUUGCAAUUCCAGGCUCAGUGGCAUGGAAAUGAAUAAUAGCAUCAAUGUACUUAUGGAUAAGCAGGAAUUGCAAAUAGUGGCAGACCUCCAUUCUGCCCUGAGUAAAAUAAGAUCAGAAGCAGAGGAAAGUGGUGAGUUCUUGAAAAAGGAUGUAGAGACUACAAUACAACACAGCUGUGGCAAUAGUUCUGACAAAGAGCCUUCUAGUGCAAAGUUUAUGAGUACUACUCAGAUGCAGAACAGCGAUGCUCACACAAAUGAUUUCUCUCAUUGGGAUUGCAGCCACACAGUGCUGCUAGAAGGUUUCACCACAGGUGAUGAGCCAGCAUUGAAAAUGAAGGAAGCAAAUACAAAUGCAGAAGAUCUCUUGAACGAGACAGCUCUGGAUGAAGUAGAAUUGCUAGAGUUAGAGAAUGGCAGUGAUGAAGAGGACAGCUGGUUGUAUGUUUCUCCAAGGAAACCACCAACAGAUGGAAAGGAAUCCCCCCUGAAAUGGUGUAGACAGGUAUUGGAUCACCCUAGUCCUGAGACAGAGGCAACGUGCCGUAGCCUCAUCAGCAGACUUGACCAAGCCAGUAGGUGGAAAUCCCUGUAUUGCAGUCCGUUGGCGUCUCCAAGUGUGCAUAACUUGAAUACAGACACAGGGUCCUGUAGCAAUGCACUAAACUCUCCUGGGCACUACAAAUCAACUAACAAACCACUACUAACUUGUGGUAGCUCAGGUUAUUUGAGCAUGCAUUCAGCUUUGAGCUCUCAGUCUUCUGUCGAUAGCGAACUUAGUACCUCAGACGACUCCAUUUCAAUGGGCUACAAACUGCAAGACUUGACUGACGUACAGGUUAUGGCCCGCCUACAGGAAGAAAGUCUUCGCCAGGAUUGUGCCUCCAGCUCAGCCUCUGUUUCCCGCCGCAGUUCCAGCGCCUCCUUGCAUUCCUUGCGCAGAGGCACCUACAGUGACCAGGAUUUUGACACAUACAGUUUGGAAGAUGAGGAUGAUGACUGCUCCUUCUCCUAUCACAGCAGUCACAGAUAUUCUCCAUCCCCGCUCAGUUCACCACGAUGCCAGUCUCCAUCCACAAAUACAGAUUAUGGGAGGGCCACAAAUACCCGGAUUCGGCCCCCACGGAGGACAGUGCAGAGUCCUAUGCAAGACAGACUAAAGUAUUCCGGGAAUGAAGAGGAACUGCGUCAUAGCAUGCCUAAUCUGGCUAGGACAGGUCUGCGAUCUUUGGAGUCAGUAAGAAAUAGCCGUAGCUUGGAGUCAGAUUUACAGAUUCCCAGUAGUCGACUCUCUAGAAUCCAUCAGGAAUCAGUCAGUCUGACUUCAAAUAAGCUCCGCUAUUCCUCUGGUGCUGGGCAGUCCCCCUUGACAGUUCGACAGCCCAUGAAAGCAGGCUCCUCUGCUAAUGCUCUUCUAACACCACGGCAGCCAGUCAGAGCUGCUGGGUAUGCUAGUCCUGCUGGCAGAGUCCGAAAGCUGCAGUCUUCCACACUGAAUCCAGGCGCUUCAGGUAGUGGCAAUUCAGUGUACAGAAGCAGUAGUAUGGCCACAGGAGCAAAAAGCUCUCUCCCUAAAAAUAAAGCAUCGGUUGCAGGAGCAUCCAAUCUGAAGAGCAAGCUGACCCAGCCAGCCAAGAGGUUUCCAAAGGCUAACGUGUCUGUCGACGACUCUUGGAAAGAUGGGUGUUACUGAAUCAAACCAAAAAGGCUGAUCAUGAACAAUGUUGGGUAUGUAAUUGGACAACAGCCCAGCUGGCUGGGCAGGAGGACACACUUCAGCCUCCGUUUCUCUCCAUUGCCACCAUGCUUGACAAACUGGAAUGAUGUUUUUCUGAAUUUGGACAACCUUUUGCCUUUGCUUUGAUGAUGGACGUUGACUGCUUUUUUUGUUCCUGCUAUUACAGUCUUACUGCUGAGCCUUGAUUAAAGUCGUUCUUGUACCUGAAGGUACAGAUGGCUGCCUGAGACACACAUUUGAAGAUUUGUUCAUGGUAUGCACGAGGAGGGGAGAAGAGCAUGGGAUAGAGCUCCUGUGGCAAUGAGAAUGUUUUUGAGUCUGUGGAGUUUUUUUCUCUCUUGCAAAAGGCAGCUAGAGAAGGUAAACAUAAUUAGAAAUGACUGUUUCUUAGGUCGCUUGGAGUAAUUUAACUUUUCUAGGAAAUUCAGAGGAUUUUUUUACUUGUCCUGAACAGGCAUCUCCACUACUUUAUUAUUAUAAAAGUUGAAGCAGGUUUUUUUAUAAUAGCUAGUGCAUCAUCUGUCACAGGAGAAUGUCUUAAGCUGAUGUCCCCAUCACCUCCAAGACUGUUAUGUGCUGUUGCCUGCAGGCUGAUGCGUACCCCUUCAGUGAAGUCUUAUUUGCCCGUUUGCUCUCUUCCUUAUCUUUUAGCUAGGCAAGACUUAGUGUGGGUAGUAGCAGCACCUUUGCCAGCUAAAAAUGCACUUGAAGUGUUCCUUUCCCUAAUCAUCUUCACUUAAUCCUUGAUACUAAAAUCUACUUUUCUGCUUUUGUACAAGUCUUUUCUACUGUCCAUUUUUUUUGGUUGGUUUUUGGAUGAAGGAACUUGUUUUUUAAAUUAAAUCAGUGGCUACUGGAGCUUGCCAAAUGCAAGAAUACAAUCAUACCUGGGAAUGCAAACUGGCUUGCCAGCCAGCCCUACUUCUUGCCACCAAUGUGACUUGAUAUUGUAGUUAAUAAAUGUGAAGGGGCUAGUGCUACCUUGUCUUUAGUAGCAAAACUGUGUCCUGCUGCUUUUUUUACAUAGAUAGGGUAGGUAGUAUCCUUAAGCAAAAAAUGUGUUUUCCCCCAAACAAGGUUCAUCCCUGAUGAAGGCAGCAUAGAUUUUUAAUGAAAAAGGUGGAAGAAAAAAUCCACUGACACUUAGCAAAAGCAGCAAUAAUGCUUUGAUAUGGUUAAAACCAAGGUGAUGACCCAUAAAAACACACAGUGAGAAUUCAUGAACUAAUUUUAAGCAUUCCUGUUGGUAAUUUGCCAAAUGAAUGAAUACUUGGUACAGUUGGACAUUUUGUGUUUUUCCUGGCUGUUGGGCUGAGUGGUUUCCUUUUGAUUCAGAAAUGUUAAUAACACUUAAUUGUAACCACCCUGACUUAAUUAGUAGGUAUAACUACUUCUUGCUGAAGCUAUUAUUACUUUGUGGAUGAGCUCACUGGUCAUCUGAUGCAACAGGAUGGCACCUUUAAACAAUUAAGAAUGCUUAUAUAACCUCUCUGUUUGCAUUUGUUGUGUGAUGCUUCAUGAAGUAAUAGCUGAAGCUUCCCCUGAAACUUAGAGAUGGACAGCUGGUACUCAGCAGCACCUCAAAGGGUCAUCAGACAGUAGAUGCAAGUGAGAAUUUGUGUAAUCAGAUGUUGAAUGGGCAUGUUGUAAAAUGUUCUAGCCCACUAAGAAUGCAUCCUGAAAGAGUGGCUAUUAAAUAUAAGUAUUAUUGGAUGUUCACUUAUAGAAUACUGGCUGGCCAGUAGGCGAUUUCAGAUUUUUGAACCAUUCUGUAAACACUUGAGACAAUGUUGUGAAACUAACUAAAAAUAAGGUUGUGGGUGAGAGACCACUGUGGACUGCCUUUUAUAGGCAGCAGGGGAUAAUUCACACCAUAGACUGCUGGUGGUAACAUAGCCAUGCACUUUUUCUGGCAACAGAACUGAAGUUGUUUGCAACUGCGACUUUCUGGAAGGUUUCUGGCAUUCCACGCUAGCCUGGUAGUCUCUCAUCCAUGUGCGAACCUGCUCCAACCAUAAAAUCAGUGAAGAUCAGAAAGGUACUGCCACCAGAUGUAAUGGUGUAAUAGUCAUGUGAAACCUCUUAGAAAAGAGCUCAGUGUGAACUCUGAAGUAAGCCCACUGAUUUUCUACUCUUGGAUCAUGUGCCUCUAGCACUGUGUUUUCAGAACUUUAUAAAAGUAAGUCAGCUGUCAAUAAGGUAUUUUUACGAGGAGAAAGACUGAUAUCAAGUGUCUGUAGUUCAGUACAUUUAUUUAAACAGAUCUAACUUUAUUUUACAAUAAUGCAUCAGUGCAUUUUAUUAAAACAGGAGGAAGCAGUUUACAGAAAGGCAUUCAAAAUGAUAGAAAAUUAACAAUUGCUAUUAACAUUUUUUAAAACAUGCACAAUUAAUUCAAUGUUGGCUUGUCCCUGCAAAGAUAUUUGGUGGAGAAAGGGAGGAAAAGAGCCUUUCUGACCAUGGCAAACAAGGGAAGCUGCAGCAGGCCUAACCUCUGCAGGAUGCUGAGGAGAGCAAGCAGAGUCUACCUCUGUCCAGCUGAAAACUAGGAUGAGGUCAUAAAAUACCAACACUGGGGGAGAAUGAAGAAUCUUCCUAUUUAAGAUGUUAAUAUAUGUCCUCCAGAAGCCCUUUACAUUAUGCGGGGGGGGGGGACGUUUUUCACAAGUGGUUUACGGCAAUUUUAUAUUAAAGGUUAGUUUUCAAUACUUCAUGCUUCUCCAUAGCCUUUUCCUUGAAAAUCAUUAGCUUGGGAUCCCGAUUACCUUUCAGAUGCCUGCCUCUGUGCUUUUGAGUUAGGCACAAUAACUCCACCAUGCUCAAAAGGAAGAGGGCAGUCACCAGACUCACACAGCGUGUGAUACUUGGACUCACUGGAACAGCUUUUAGACACAUCUCAGGAGAUGAAGCCACAGCUGAGUUCCAUAGCACAGUUU